GAUAACUCUUCGCGAUCAGAAGUCAGAAAUAGUCUUAGACGCGAGGAAACAAACAUGUGUUCAAUUGAGCAUUACUGUAAUUAACAACGGUCUCAGCUUACAGCGCAGUACUCACAGGGAAUCUCUCCUUGAAAUGAAUAUAUUUAAGUAAACGCUUUGAACUUUUAAAAGAUAGGAACCACUUGAAUUCAUAAGGAACAGAGAUCUUGCACCACGCACAUUGUAAUCGUGGGUGAACGAUAACAAGUCGGGAUUGCUUUUUAUGCUGAUGAGUCAAUUAAGACGAUGGAUAAGAAAAUGAUACAAACGGAUAACGUUCUGUUUAUCUAAAAACAUUACAAUUUCUUGUGUCAAUCAGGAAAGAUAUAACCGGAACUAUGUCGGAAAAUCAGAAAGGUGCUCCUGUAUGAAGUAAAAUACAUCAAAACUGCGAAGGACAUGAAACCUGUAUCACGACAACCAGGUCUAAAUGUGAUUAAAGAAGGAGUAUCCGAAAAUUCCGACUGUAAUCCUGACCAUGAGGAGGAAAAGCCUGUACCCCCGGGCUCCCCAUCUGACCUCGUCCGAUUACGCGCCACAGCUUCAAGGUUACGACUCCAGACCAAGAGACAGAGUUACAUCAACUGGAAAACGAAUCAUUAUGACAACUUUUUCAAACAGAGGAACAGGAAGGCUGUUUUAUGUGAGAAUGCGUUAAAGAACUGGACAGAGGAAUGUCGGACUACGAAACCACAAAGGAAAGGAUUCCCUGCUGGCCAGGUGGACUGUGAAGGGAAAACGAUGACAAUUGAUCAGGCUUUGAACUGGAUUCGACAAGAGCUGAAGGCCAUGAGACUGGUAGAUCAGGCUCUCGCCAGACAGCUACUGACCCUCCGCCACGAGAUACAGGACAUCCGGUUAAGGUGGAGCUGUGAAGAUCACAGAAGUCUGGUGGAGGACAUGCAGAUAGAACUGGAGGAACUCCAGUAUCUAGGGGAGAUAAUCGACAUUCCUGUCCACCUCAUGGAGUUCCACAAUCCCCUCAAACACUGGGGUGUGACUAAACUCAAUCUUCACAAUAAACGCUUCUCUACUUGUUAAAAAUUUAAAUGUUAAUAUUUAAA